AUGAUGCUGGUGGGUCACAUUGCCCUACGUUGGCCGCAGCCGCAGCCGCAGCCGCAGCCCCAGAUCCCGUGCAGCAUGUUGAAUGAGGAGGAGGAGGAGGAGCAGGAUAGCCUGCUCACGUACCUGCACUCGCACAUGGGCUCGAAUGAUGUGUUUCAGGCUCGAUGGACCAGGGCCGAACGAGGGGCGGCCCUGGGCGGGUGCGAGAUGGCGACCGGGGACCGGCGAUCAUUCGCUGUGGAUGAUAGGCGGAAAUCGGGGUUCCGGGAUCCUGGCAGCCUGAACCGGAUCAUUCCCCACAUAGGCCCCUGCCCAUCCUUGUCCUUUAUCCUUCCCCUACCCUUCCGCUUCGAGCCCGGGCCUGGCACCAUUGCACCACCCCCGCCAGCGGAACGUGGCGGAUAUUGA